UCCUUCUUCGGUGAUACAAAGUCUGGAAGGAACAAAAUGUGGCAAGUGCUUCUUCGAAUUAGUGUGAUUUCCAUUCUCUUGGCCGCUUGCCUGGCGGAUGAACAUUGGUGGAAGUAUGCAAAUUUUUAUCAGAUUUAUCCAAGAUCGUUCAAAGAUAGUGAUGGCGAUGGAAUUGGUGAUUUGCGCGGUGUGAUGGAAAAGGUGUCCUACUUGCGCAACGAGCUUGGAGUGGAUGCGAUUUGGCUGUCUCCGAUUUUCAAAUCACCGAUGGCAGAUUUUGGCUACGACAUCAGUGACUUCCGCGAUAUUCAUCCCGAGUUUGGAACGAUAGAAGAUCUGGAAAAUCUGGCCGCAGCGUGCAAACAGGCAGGUUUGAAGCUCAUCCUGGACUUUGUUCCGAAUCAUAGCAGUGACGAGAGCGAGUGGUUUACCAAAUCGGUGAACAAGGAUCCUACCUACAGUGAUUACUACGUAUGGCAUCCUGGCAAAGUGUUGGCCAACGGUACUCGCGUGCCUCCAUCGAAUUGGAUCAGCGUUUUCCGUGGGUCUGCGUGGGAAUGGAGCGAUGUACGCCAGGAGUACUAUUUGCACCAGUUUCUGGUGAAGCAACCCGAUCUCAACUAUCGCCAUCCAGCACUGGUCGAGGAGAUGAAAUCUGUGCUCAAAUUUUGGCUCGAGAAAGGCGUUCACGGCUUCAGGGUAGAUGCGGUGCCUUAUCUGUUCGAGUCCGAACCAGUCGCGGGAGUCUAUCCUGACGAGGAGCGGAGUAUGACCACCGACGAUCCGGAAAAUCCCAGCUAUUUAAUACAUACUCAUACCCAAAACCUCGAUCCCACCUUUGAUAUGAUGUACCAGUGGCGAAAGGUCGUGGACGAAUUUAAAGCUGAGCACAACUCGGAGGAUAUCGUGUUAAUGGCCGAGGCGUACACACCGCUGGAGAACAUAAUACGCCUUUUCGGGGAUACCAAUUCCGAAGGAGCUCAUGUGCCAUUUAAUUUCGAGGUUUUGAGCAAUACUUUUAAGGAUACGACUGGAAAGCAGUUCCACGAUGUCAUCAAGCGUUGGCUGGAUGUUGUUCCAGCUAACCGCGUUUCAAAUUGGGUGCUGGGCAACCAUGAUAACAAGCGGGUAUCAUCUCGGCUGGGAGUGGCUCGGGCAGAUUUAUAUCAAAUAGCCCUGAACGUGCUGCCAGGUAUCGCCGUUACAUACAAUGGCGACGAGCUGGCUAUGGAGGAUGUGUACAUCUCGUGGAAGGAUACAAUCGAUCCAGCGGCUUGUAACUCCAACCCCAAGGACUACAUGAUGUACAGUCGUGAUCCCGUGCGCACUCCGUUUCAGUGGGAUGAUUCGACGAGUGCUGGGUUUUCCACCAGCCUUAACACGUGGUUACCGGUUGCGUCCAACUACAAAACGCUCAACUACAAGGCGCAAAAGGCGGCCCCUCGGUCACAUGUGAAAAUAUUUAAAUCUCUCGUACGUCUCCGCAAGCAGCGAACAUUACGUGAAGGCUCGAUGGAUAUGCAGCUGAUUGGCGAUAACAUUAUCGUCAUCAAGCGCCACCUUGAUAGCGUGAGCACGAUCAUCGCUAUACUGAAUUUCAACAAGACUGCACAGACCAUCAAACUGUCCUCGGUCUUCCAAGAUUUGCCUGCGUUGUUUGAAGUGAUUACUUCUUCGUUGCAAACUGACUACAUUGAUGGGUCCAUCGUGGCAAGGGACGAAGUUGUACUACCCGCUGACGCCGCCAUCGUUUUGGAAGGAAACAUAGCAAACGGAACAUAGACCGCAGAUGGAAAUAUCGAAUAAAUAUUCAAUAUUGUCCCACAAGCAAUCAAGCAUGUUGAAAUUUCGUGGUUUGGCGAAACUCCUGUCGGGUGCUCGGGGCUGGUUAGUUAACACGAAAAAUUAAAAAGUGAACGGAAAAUGCUAAAUUCGAAAUAAAAUUAGGCUGAAAUCCAGUAAAAUC